CCCUCUCCAGCAAAUUAUAGACAAAUAUAUAUAUAUAUAUAUAUAUGCAUACAUAUAUCUGAUACUAUAUAUACAGACCAUCGUAUAAAUUCACAAACCCUCAAGCCUCCCUCGUCCACAUCUUCUUGGUUUUUUCCUCUCUGGGUUCUUGUGUCCCUUUCAAAAUACUGGUUUCGUCGCUCUCUCAGUAAAGAAUCGAUCCCGAGUUUUUCAAAACAUGGUCUGUUUGGUGUCUCGCUCAGGAAGGGAGUUGCAGAGAUAUAAUAAUAUGGGAUUCCGGCAAGUUGUGGGGUGCAUACCUUACAGGUACAAAGAAGACGUGGACGGCAAUAUAAGCAAUGAACUGGAAGUGCUCGUCGUUAGUUCACAGAAGUGUCAGAAGUUCAUGUUCCCAAAGGGAGGCUGGGAACUCGAUGAAUCUGUUGAAGAGGCAGCUUGCAGGGAAUCCCUUGAAGAAGCUGGAGUAAUCGGAAUCGUUGAGGCUCAGUUGGGUCAAUGGAGCUUCAUUAGCAAGAGAUACGGCACGCACUAUGAAGGACACAUGUUCCCAUUGUUUGUCAAGGAGCAACUUGAUCUGUGGCCAGAGAAACAUGUACGAAGAAGAUUAUGGAUGAGUGUUGCUGAAGCCAGAGAAGCUUGUCAGCAUUGGUGGAUGAAAGAAGCCUUAGAUAUAUUGGUUGAGAGGCUGAUCAUUACCUCACAGCAACAAAUUGAGGAUAUAACUUUGGCUGAUUCUAAAUGAAGAACAAGUUGGCCACUUCAUGCAAAUAUAGAAAAUGUUCUGAACACACACACGCGUUCCUUUUUAGAGAAUAGAAAUGUUCAACGUAUUAUUUUCAAACUGUUUAUAUGUGUGAGCGGAAGAUUAGAGGGUAUUGGUUAGGCAGAGUCGACAGAGAAUUGUAGAGAGAGAGAACAAAUUGUAAUUUCUAUUGAUUCUUUCAUUACGUUUUCCCAUGAGAAUAUCCGUUACAUGGUUAGAAUAGAUAUAUUAAUUAAGGUUUUACACCA